ACCGUGCCUACAGGACGGCUACACACAGGAACCAUUCACCAAUAUUGAUAGAUGUGGUGUGUGCUGAAAGGCUGACAGACACCAAGGCAGCCGAGAAACCUUCCAGCCGGCCCAGCUAGAUAGAUGAGUAUCUAUGGUUCGGACAAAGUAGGACCGGGUGCUGUCCUGUGCGUCGCGAACCUAAGACUCCAAAGUAUCAUUCAAUAAGGUGGGGAGGAGAGGCGGAUCAGCCAACUCGCAGCACUCCGGCCUGCUCCCGCUCCGUAGAUCAGGGCCACUCACACGAGGACUGUAGGAGAUGCUCGGCUCAACGCCUCAGACACACGAUAAAGCUCUUCACGUCUUCACGAAGACCUGCGGGACCGAAAUUCCUUUCGAUACGAGAGAGACUCUCAUUAUGCCGACAAGCAAUGUGGAUUGCGCAGAAGACGAUUGCCAUGUCGUUACGGAGAAGGGUCGGGUUUUCUGCCAACCUUGUUAUUUUUUGCUCGAAUUGCCUUCCGCUCCAGUCCUCGACCGGGGCCCUGAUCGUCCAGCAGAUCGUCCCCUGCCACAGGACCCUGAAUAGGAUGGUGGUGGUCUGGCCUGACACUGGGUCUCGCAUCUCGUCGAUAGUACCGGUAUGGUCGCUCCUUUCCCGCCAACCAUGUUGUCGCGCAACGUCCCAAACCAGUUACCGGUUGCCGGAAAUCCAUGACCCAACCCCCCGAAGAAUCUGCAGCGACACCAAAAGGCUUGGGCGAGUGGAUGAAUUGUUCAAGUUGCCCCGAUGGCUUCAUUCAUCUAUGUCGUUACCCCGCUUCUUCAAAGCACUCAAUUCCUUCAAUGGCUUUCGGCUCAUGUACAUCAUGUACAUUCACAGUAACGCCGGGACUAUUCGAACGUGCGUAUGGCGGGGGGAGGGAGCGGCGGUAAAUCGCUCGCAACAAGAUGCUUUCCCUUGCUGUCCCUCCCCCACCAUGGCAACCGCUCUCAGAUCAAGUCUGCCCACGCACCGGUCGUUCGCGCCUUGCGGCACGCCUGCAUAUCGGGAGGGCGCUGCGUGUUGGCCGAAAUAUCAGAGAGUUUCCGGAAGGUGAUUUUGAUUUUUCGAGGAAACCCCGCGGCAGACCUUCUCAUACUGGUUCAUUUCGGCGUGGGAGAGCUUAAAGGUAUUGUCUAAUUCUGUGGGAUAUUUGCCAAGUGGGAGCUGAGUCG